UUAGAGAACGAUAGCGACAAUCGAAGCAGCGGCCGGAGCAGCAUCGUGAUCGCUAUCAACGACAACGACAGCCAUGUAAAUAGUAACGCCUCGAACGUGGUGAUCCUGCGGGCGGACGGUGACGACGACGAUCGCACGAUGGCGACCAAGGACGACGAGACGGAAAUCGACGACGGCAUCGACGGGUCGGACGAGGGCGACGACGACCUGAACGCAGUGGAGGAGGUCAACGGUCGGGAUGGCAAACGGUGCGGGCAGGUGGAACACGACGAUGACGACGACGACGACGACGAGGACGACGAGCAGACGCACGAGCAGCGCGAACUGUUGCUGCACCGUCGCAACGAGCGCAACGUUCGGGCCGUUGCGGCCGCCAUGGUGGCUGGGGCGGCGGCCGGUGCCGUCGCCAAUGGCAGCAGCAAUGGCGGUGGUGGUGUCGUCGGGCCGGGUUGCGGCGUUGGGCGCUACAAACACCACAGCUACGUCGAGGUGGAGGAGGACGAACAGGACGACGACAUCAUCGUGAUCGUGGACGAGGACAACAGUGCCGCAACGGAUAGCGAGGGAGGCAGUGGCAGCAACCGAGGUUGUGGUGGUGGUGGCGGUGCGACAGGCAACGUUGGUAUAGUUGGCGGUGUUGGUGGUACUAAUGGCAUUAGCGAUGAGCUGUAUCUAAAACUGAGAGAAAUGGAUGACGAAGGAAUCGCUGAGUCGGGAAUGUAAGCGACCGACCAGAUGCGGCAGCCUGGAGCAGUGUCUGCAGCCCGCCAUUGUACUUCCUCGACCACCAGCCAACGCGUAAAGUGGCCAUCGAGCGGCGACGAACGCAGCUAGUAGUUUAGCGCAGAGCGGUUUUAAUAUUUAAACGAAUGUAAUUAAUACUUAAACCACCCUCCCCUCCCUUUUUCCACCGGCAGUGUGUGGAACCGGCCCGUAGUAGUAAACGCCGUUCGCUCGAUAGCUUAAAUCCUAGUUGUAAUGUCCUAAAGCUGGGGACAUACACCCAUACAUUCAGCGGAAAACACAAACAGAGACAGAAAAUAUCAAUCGAACGCUAUCCUCGUACUAAUUUGUUGUAUCAAUUGUUCAACGCGUGCAAUCCGCUGACAGACAGCAGCAAUCUCAAUGUUAACGAUACCCGUACCGUGCUGGCGUGAUGAACGUGUUAAACGCUUCGAUCUAUUAGUAAUAAUGACAACUUGGGUGGCCAUAGACCUCCACUACGUCAGGUGCUAGUGCGCGCGCGUGUGUGUGUGUAUGUAUGUUAAUGCGGUUGUAAUUGUAUAGUAAUUGGCGAUUUUAAUUAUUAGAAAGCACCCCACUACCAUCCGUACGAAAUCUCUCCCCUGCGCGCGCGAAAAACGCGACAGAAUGCUAAAACGCAAAACGCAUCGUGUAGUCUAAAUCUCUUUCCCUUAGGUGUAAACCUUCUUUGUUUUUGGCUUUUCGGGCGAUAUUGGACUGUCUUCUAUUUAAUAAGAAGAGAGAUCAUUUGGCUCUCAUAACAUUAUAGAAAUCGAAUCCAUUCGGCCAUGUAGUAGCAGGCGCGUAUCGUACCCGACAGCAGUGUAGCGUAUUUAAAUAAUCUUGCGAAACGUUACACGAAAAUGUUUGUAUAUCUAUCCCCGAUCUGAACAGUUCGAAAGCAUAGUUAGAAAACCCAUCUUUUCCCAGUGGACGGAGCGGCAAUUUCACGUGUGAGCUAGACAAAAUUUACAUUGGCUUUUCAUGCUCCAAAUGACGUAAAAAACACAUGAACAACGCAUACACGCACACACACACAAACGAAGGGCUUGACCAGAAGCGAUAAAACCUUACUCCAUAAUCAAAACCAUGCAAAACUAUACUUAGUCAGUUAGACGCAAAUUUGCAAUCUCGGAAGGGCGAAAAGUGGGUAAAAGUGAAACUAAGAAUCUUAACGGCGAACGUAUCUGUGGUGUCUAACGGAUGUGUCCGGUUUGUAGGGACCAUUUCAGUUUUUGUUUUAUGUAGCAGACCUGCAAUCCCCGCAAACCGCUAUCUAUAUGUGCUAUUGUAUAUUCAACCGUGGAGCAAAACCUAUGAAAACGUGUCAAAAAAAACAAUUGUAGUAUAUACAUAAGAAUUCUGUGUAGAAAAGCAAAGGAAUGGCCAACGGGUGAAAGUAUUUAAUAGCGUGUAAAGCGUGAGAAAACGAAGGAAAAGACGUACGAUGCCCAAGUAGGAGCGGGAGAGGGAAGAAAGCGGUGACCAAUUCGAACUUAUUUACAUUCGUUUGCAGAAUACAGAUUGUGACAGAAAUACGCAGCUAUAGACAGACCCUUCGGGGGUGUAGGUACGUGUGUUUUGCAAACACACACAUACGGUUAUAAGGUAUUGUUUUCUUUUUAUGUGUUUUUUUUUUUUUUUUUCUAUUUUCGUUUUCGGAUUUUAAUCAAUUUCCCGUUGUGUACAUAUUAGUAUGCGAGACAGUGGCAAUCAACACUCAUUGCAAUCAUUUUUAUUACAAAAACAAAACAUAAUUAAGUUCUUAGCUAUUAUUAGAAUCCACGGGGAUCGUAGUAAGAGGGCAGUAGAGCGCCGUAGCGCAUCAUAUUGGAAGGGAAGGCAGCGCAAUAAAAGCAAACACACAAACGUUAGCAAGGGGCAAUGUACAGCAGUCGGAACAAUGCGGGUUGAAUUACGUGUUGCAGCCAAUGCAAAUCCUCGACAGGGAUUCAUAUUUUUAAUGCCAGUUUUAAUUUUCCAUUCGAAACAAAAAAAAAACCCACCUUUCAAAACACAUCGAUUCACUCGAAACCACUGGAAACACUGGAAACACACAUACCGAAAGACUUUGUAAAAGCACACAACGAGAUGUUAUUAGUGGCAGCACCUGGAGGCAGCACAAAACAAGAGGACCACACACACACUCAACUGUUUUUGCUCCGUUUUUGUGUGCUUUUGAUACAAAACAAAACACUGCCGUUUUGGGGGCCCGGAAAACUAAGCAUUAUAUCAGUUUUAAAUCACACAAAACAGUGGGCAGUUUUUUUGUUACUAAAACAGUACUUGAAAUACACCAAACCCAAGCGACACACAAUGAUAUUAGAACGGAACCCUAGUGGAAGCGUAAUUCAACCUACCGAUAACGAGGAAAUAAUAACAGUAGAAAGAUCGCAAACGCGCGUAAAAGACGAUAAUCAGGCAAUAAGAGUAACCACUACACCCGACAUUAUAUUGAUGCUUCCGUGCGUUUUACAAUUUUUAGAGCGGUAAAUGAUGGGGUGAAAAAACACAGAAAACGUCAUAUCAAUUACUCCAAGGAAAAUAUAAAAGAAAAGUCGAAAACAAAACCCAAACAACAUGAAUCGGACGUA